AUGGAUGUUCUCAGCUCGGCCGUGGCCUACUCGUCAUCCCCCUUGUCGACCCCUAACGAGAAUGAUCCACGACUCAUUAUCCUCCUGGCGUGGAUGGAUGCCCGAGAGUCGCAUAUCGAAAAGUACAUUGUCCAGCAUCGAGUCCUCUACCCAAGCUCCGCGAUCCUCGUCUUCCGCUCCAACCUCAAGAUGUACAUGCAGCCCUCCCUCCGCCGUCGUCUCUUUUCCCCCGCAGUCCCCAUCCUCCAAGACCUCGCCAAGACUUCGGGAGACGAGCCAAGCUUCUUGCUACACAUCUUUUCAAACGGUGGCGUCAGCUCUGCCGUGACGCUCUGGGAUCUCUGGGAAGAAGCCCUCGACGGAAAAGAUGUUCCUCGACACGUCGUGGUGAUGGACUCUUGCCCAGGAGUCUUUCACUGGAAGACCAAUCACCACGUCCUCUCGCUGGGUCUCCCCUUCUGGGCGUCUCCUCUUGUCUGGGCAUUCCUAGGUGCUGCGUGGGCGUGUUAUAUACCGUGGGGACGAGUGGAACCGCAAGAAGCCAACGCCUUGGCUCUCAACACGGCGGGGAGGAUCGCCCGCGAGGUGAAGAGGGUGUAUAUAUAUGGAGAUGGGGAUAAGUCAGUGAUGUGGCAGGAUGUCGAAAAACAUGGAAAGCAGGCUGAGAAGAUGGGAGCGAGUGUCAAGAUGGAGAUGUUUCCAGGGGGAACGCAUGUUACCCACGCAAGGGUCGACGGAGAACGAUACUGGCGAGUAGUCAAGGAGACGUGGGAAGGGAAGACAAGGUGA